CAAUAAAUCUCUCCUCACGCUGUCACUGGGCGAGAGAGAGAGACACAGAGACGGAGACAGGGGUCACCGUCGUACCGAUCUCCCACACGGCGACAGAGAGAGGGAGAGAGGGAGAGAGAGAGCGAAGGGUAUGGGAGGCGUGACGUCCUCGGUGUCGGCGAAGUUGGCGUUCUUCCCACCUUCGCCGCCGUCGUACGAGGUGGUUACGGAGCCGGAGUCUGGGGUGGUCCGGCUCAGCAACUACCCUCAUCGGGAGAACGUGGAAGUGCUCCGCCUCCCCACCCGGCGCGGCACGGAGGUCGUGGCUCUCUACGUUCGCAACCCCCUCGCCGUGUCCACCGUCCUCUACUCUCACGGUAACGCCGCCGAUCUUGGCCAGAUGUACGAGCUCUUCGUCGAACUCAGCAUCCAUCUUCGCGUCAACCUCUUGGGGUAUGACUACUCUGGAUACGGACAAUCAACUGGAAAGCCGAGUGAGCAUAACACAUAUGCUGAUAUAGAGGCUGCUUAUAAAUGCCUCAAAGAAAACUAUGGUGCCAAGGAGGAUGAAAUUAUCCUAUAUGGUCAAUCUGUAGGAAGUGGACCGACUGUGGAUUUGGCUGCUCGCCUACCUUGCUUACGAGCUGUAGUAUUGCAUAGCCCUAUACUCUCAGGUUUAAGAGUAAUGUAUCCUGUGAAACGUACAUACUGGUUCGACAUCUACAAGAAUAUUGACAAAAUAUCAUUGGUCAACUGUCCCGUUCUAGUAAUUCAUGGCACAGCAGAUGAAGUUGUGGACUUCUCUCAUGGACAGCAACUGUGGGAAAUGUGCAAGGAGAAGCAUGAGCCACUCUGGCUUAAAGGAGGAAAACAUUGUGACUUGGAACUUUUCCCUGAUUACAUCAAACACCUCCGAAAGUUCAUAACAACAGUCGAGAAAUGGAGAACUGACUGCACUUGGAGGACUUGGAGGAAAUGCUCAGAUCACUUUGAACCAUCCAGGAGGAGCACUGAUGGCUUCGAGCCAACAAGGAGGAGCACCAGUCGCCAAGAAAAAACAAAGCCAAACACAGAUCAGCCAAGGAACAAGGACCAGAAGUAUUACAAUUUGGAUAAGUUGGCAAAAUUGGACGUCUCACUCGACCAAAUGGAGAAGUCAAGGAGGAGUUUAGACUGCUUCGGUAUGUUCACAAAGCACAUAGAUCAAAUCGACAGAGGGAGGAAGAGCGUCGACAGAUUGGAUAGGAUACGGGCUAGGUGAAGCGAAAGUAUAACCUCUUUGUAAACCUUACGGUCUUGAUUGUGUCGACCAUCUGCACAUUUGUUUGUGUUACAAAUGAUGUAAUUUGGCUGGAUAGAUGCUUAUUAUACCGUUAGUUGUAUGUUGAAAGGUGAACCUUGUUGAUGAAUGAUUGUAGCUCUUCCUUAA